UGGCGGAGAAGAAUCUACGUGUCACAAGAGUGCUAACAUUGUUCAGAAGUAUUUAAUUUGUUUUAUGCCUUAAAUUGGAAUGUCUGAGGAUCAGGACUGGAACAAGAAAUCUGUCAAGAUUUUGACAAGAAAGGACGGAAAUACAAAAUGCGCAGACUGCGGAGAGCCAGACCCUCAGUGGGCUUCCAGCACACUAGGUGUCUUCUUAUGUGUGACUUGUUGUGGUAUACACAGAAAUCUCCCAGACAUCAGUACAGUGAAGUCACUGAGUAUGGCCAAGUGGGAAGAAGACCAAGUCGAGUUUCUACAAAAGCAUGGGAAUGAUGCAGCUAAAGCAAUAUAUGAGGCAUAUGUUCCUGUGUACUUCUACCGACCCACGCAUCUAGACUGCCAUGUUCUGCGAGAGCAGUGGAUACGGGCUAAAUAUGAACGUAAAGAAUUUACGAAAAAGGAAAGUUCAGAUGGCCUUCAUAAUGGAGUGAAGGAGGGGACCCUGUUCAAGCGAGGAAGAGAUAACGGGCAGUAUUUAGCAAGAAGAUUUGUCCUGACGUUGAUGGAUGGCACCUUGAGAUACUUCAUAAAGGCAGAUGCUAAGGAACCAAAAGCUGUAAUUAAAAUUGACAGUGUUAAUGCCACUUUUCAGCCGGAAAAGAUGAAACAGAAUCACGGCUUACAGAUCACAUACAUUAAGGAUAACAGGACCAGAAAUAUAUUUGUGUACCACAAUAACGGACAGGAAAUUGUUAGCUGGUUUAAUGCCAUCCGAGCUGUACAGUUUCAUUACAUGAAAGUAGCAUUUCCUAUAGCUGCUGACCAAGAGGUCUUAAGACGUUUGCCUCAAAACUUCUUAAAAGAAGGCUACAUGGAGAAGACAGGACCAAAGCCAACCGAUGCAUUUAAGAAGAGGUGGUUUACUCUUGAUCGCCGCAGGCUUAUGUACUUCAAAGACCCCCUGGAUGCCUUUGCCAAAGGUGAGGUGUUUUUGGGGAGCAGUGAGAAUGGAUACCAGGUAAAGCCAGAAUCAAUUUCAGGUACACAAGGCAACCUGUGGAGUUAUGGUAUAUCCAUAAGUACCCCUGAGCGUACUUAUUUAUUUACAUGUGAGAGUGAGACUGACCGCGAACACUGGCUCAGUGUGUUCAGGAAAGUGAUCAGCCUUCCUAUGAAUAUUCGAGAGUAUGCAGUCGAAGCAAAGUUCAAGCAACGUACAUAGCACUUUUCUGAUCCUUCAUUUUCCCAAUAACAGCUAUCGGAACAUCUCAUUUCUGGACUUUAAAACACCUUUUAUUUUCCUUUUAUUACAUCAUGUACC